AUGAAACGAGUUUUUAUACUUCGUCAACUGUGCAAAAUUGACAACAGUAAAGUUGCUUUCAGUGUGCAGAUGAUACCAAAAAAAAAGAAUAUUAUAAAUUGGAAACUCGCAUGUCUGAUGACACAAAAUCCGCGUUCAUCUGCAUUGCAAAUCAUCGGAGAUUUUGCUCUUCUAUUAGUUUCUUUUAUAGCAUACAAGCGUGUGCAUGAAAUAUAUCCAUCAAUUAAAUGUUUCGUAAUGCAAUAUCGCGCCAUUAGAAAGGUGGAUGUGGAUGAAUGGUUCAUUAAGUUACAUGAUUUCACAUCUUCAAAUAUUUACAAAAGCUCACCUUACAUCCUUCACAUGAGGUUACCCCGUAAUGAUAUCCUGAAAGCAUAA